AACAAGGAUUAUUCAAAAACAAUAAAAUUACCAAUUCCAUCCUCUUCUUCCUCUUCUUCUUCUCCUUCCUCAUUAUCAAGCGAUGAAAAGCCCAAAUCAUCAGUAAAAGCAAAUUCUGUUUUACAAACAAAAAUUAUUGAAACAGAUGCCGAUGAACGUCGCCGUCGUUCAAAAGAAUCGAAAGAACGUUCAAAACGUCUUUAUGAACAGUUGUCCGAAGUACAAGAAAAGAAAAAAUUCAAUGAAACUCGUCAACAAGCACAAACCUAUCGUCAACGAAUGAAUGAAUUUCAACAAACUGUUUUGAAAAAGAAAACAACUAAUGGUGGUAUUAAUAAAAAAAAAUGA